AACAAUGCUUCCAAUUUUUUUCUCCCGUCUAGGCCCGUAGGCGAGAGAAGAAUCUCUCAGGAAACCCGGUGGAAAUAAAGGAGAGCGGCCGUGCAGCGCCCACAGGCCGCACACGGGCGCCAGCCGCAGCAGUGGUGGUGGUCUCGGCCUCCUACUCCUCCUCGUUCAUGGCCGCCCGCUUCCUCGUACACCUGAUCCUCGUAACCGCCGCAACCUCGGCCGCAGCCGCCACUUCGCCCGCCACCAAUGCCACCGCGGGCCCGCGCGUGCCCGCGGCUCCCGGCGACGACGGCGGCAACGUCACCGGGUUCAGCUUCUCCGGCUUCGUCAGCGCGAACCGCGGCGCCAACGUGACGGUGCUCGGCGACGCCAACAUCAACCAGGGCGCGCUCCAGAUCACGCCGGACUCGCUCAACGACGCCGCCACCUUCCUCACCCACAAGUCCGGCCGCGUGCUCUACACGACGCCGUUCAGGCUCUGGCAGCGCGAGGGCCAUGGCGGCGCGGACAACGCCACCGCCGGCGGGGGCAAGAGGGUCGCGUCCUUCAGCACCGCCUUCACCAUCAACAUCUUCCGGCCCAACGGCACGGAGCCGGCGGAGGGGCUCGCGUUCGUCAUCGCGCCGUCCGCGGACGAGCCGCCCGCCGGGAGCUCCGGCGGGUACCUCGGCCUCACCAAUGCCGCCACCGACGGGAACGCCACCAACCAGAUCGUCGCCGUCGAGCUCGACACCGAGAAGCAGCCGUACGACCCGGACGACAACCACGUCGGGCUCAACGUCAACAGCGUCGUCUCCGUCGCCACCACCUCGCUCGAGCCCCUUGGCAUCGAGAUCUCGCCCGUCAAGCCGGCGAACUACACCGUGUGGGUCGACUACGACGGCGCCGCGCGCCGCAUCGCGGUGUUCAUGGCCGUGGCGGGGAGGGCGAAGCCCCGGAGGGCGGUCCUCGCCGAGCCGCUGGACCUCGGGGCGGCCGCUGCGGAGUGGUCCUACUUCGGGUUCUCGGCGUCAACGGGGCGCAAGUACCAGCUCAACUGCGUCCUGGCGUGGGACAUGGCGAUGGAGAAGCUCCCCUGCGACGACGACGGCGGCGACGCCAGGAGGCGGCGCACGCUCGGGCUGGCCGUCGGGGUGCCCGUGGGGGUGACCGCGCUAGCCGCCGUGGCCGUCGUGGCGUACGUGUGCGCGGUGAAGCGGCGGAAGGUGCACGGCGGCGACGACAGCAGCGCCAUCACCGGCACGAUGAUCCGGAGCCUUGCCGGCGGGCCGCGGGAGUUCGACUACCGCGAGAUCCGCAAGGCGACCAACAACUUCGACGAGAAGAUGAAGCUGGGGCAGGGCGGGUACGGGGUGGUGUACCGGGGCGUGGUGGUCGGCGACCACACCAGCCCCGGCGGCCCCGGGAGCGCGGUGGAGGUGGCCGUCAAGAAGUUCUCGCGCGCGAGCACGCAGGGCCAGAACGACUUCCUCGCCGAGCUCAGCAUCAUCAACCGCCUCCGCCACAAGCACCUCGUCCGCCUCGUCGGGUGGAGCCACGACAACGGCGAGCUGCUGCUGGUGUACGAGUUCAUGCCGAACGGGAGCCUGGACCAGCACCUGUUCGGCCCGGCGGCGGGGCGGCCGCUGCUGGGGUGGGAGCUCCGGUACAGCAUCGUCCAGGGCGUGGCAUCGGCGCUGCACUACCUGCACGACGAGUACGACCAGCGGGUGGUGCACCGCGACCUCAAGGCCUCCAACAUCCUGCUCGACGCCGCCUUCGGCGCGCGCCUCGGCGACUUCGGCCUGGCGCGCGCCAUCGAGGCCGGCAAGACCUCCUACAUCGACGAGGCCGCCGGCGGCGGUGUGCACGGCACCGUCGGCUACAUCGCGCCCGAGUGCUUCCACACCGAGAAGGCCACGCGCGAGUCCGACGUCUACGCCUUCGGCGCCGUCGUGCUCGAGGUCGUCUGCGGCCGCCGCCCGCGCUGCGACGUCGACGGCUUCCACUUCCUCGUCGACUGGGUGUGGCGCCUCCACCGCGACGGCCGCGCGCUCGACGCCGUCGACGCGCGCCUCGCCGGCGCCUUCGACCGGGGCCAGGCCGAGCGGCUGCUCCUGCUGGGGCUCGCGUGCAGCCACCCGACCCCCGCUGAGCGGCCCAGGACGCCGGCCAUCCAGCAGAUCCUGCUGGGCUCCGUGCCCCCGCCGGCGGUGCCGCCGUUCAAGCCCUCCUUCGUGUGGCCGGCCACCGACGACGCCGGGCUCGACACCGCGUCCACCACGGCCGGCACCACGGCGAGCCAGCUCAGCUUGACGUCGGCGUCGACGUGGAGCGGCCACUUCAUGAAGGGCAGCCUGAGGCACGCGUUCCAGCAGGAAGUCUCCGAUUCCUUGCCGUGACCGACGGCACAAGCUGUUGGUUGGACACGCUCGAUUUGCCAUUGUCGCCGUACGUGGAGACUAAUUGUCCAAAGCAGAGUGAGCUCCACGAAGGCAACCAAGACGAUCGAGACGGAAUUGAAGACAGGAGGAGGAUGAGCUAGUGAUACGGUUGUUCGUUCGUUCGUAUGGACAUACAUUACAUGACAGCUUACGUUUUGUUUGAAUUCUUCCCACUCUUUCUUGCUUCGUUGAUUUUUUUAUAUAUAAAUACAUCCCCUCUGUAAUUAUCUUCACUAGAUUUUUUCUACUAAUGUUGUUACCUGGCAUCGAAGGCUCCAGGAGUUAGUGUAA